AUAACAAUAUUUAAUCAUUCCUUUACCUACUUAAUAAUUUAAAUAAAGGUUUUAAUGGGCAAAAAUGGUGGUUAAAACUUUAAGAAAAAAUCCUAACGAGGUGCGCCCUCUUCCAGAAGAAUUAUUCAACAUUAUGAAAAAAGCUGGAAAACCAUGGGAAUUGUACCAAAUAGGACCCAAAAAUUACGUCCGAUGGCCAAAUUACAAAAAAUAUAAAGAUGAAAUCUACAAUUUUCCCAUAAGAAAAAACGACGUUUGGAUAAACACACUGGGACGAUCUGGAACAACAUUGAUGACUGAAAUGGUUUGGCAAAUUUGUAACGACAUGGAUUUCGAAAAAGGCUUCGAAAAACCCUUAAUUGAAAGGGUCCCUUAUUUUGAGUAUGCCACAUUUCGUUACAACGAAGAAAGAAAGGAAGAACUUUUAAAAGAAAACGCAAAUGACCCUAAAAGAUUGGAAACUAUUAAAUCAAUGCUUACACUGGAAUGGGAAAGAUCUGAGUAUCCAGAAACGAGGGUGUAUAAAAGUCAUUUGCCACUUUCCCUGCUUCCCCCAGAGUUAGCCAAAGAAGCCAGAGUAAUAUAUGUGGUAAGAAACCCUAAGGACAUGGCAGUGUCCGCUUAUCAUUUCGGUCAAAUGUUCUUUGAUCAGCCACCAUUCGAACAGUAUUGGGAUAUUUUUGAAAGAGGCUUAAUAUGGGGUACAUUUUUCGAGCAGGCCAAGGAAGCAUGGGACAUUAGACACCAGGAGAACGUGUUGUUUGUGUUUUAUGAAGAUAUUGUUAAGGACAUGAAAUCCACAAUCCUAAAGGUCUGCAAGUUCCUGGGUAAAACUUAUACAGACUCUGAAAUCGACAAAUUGGCGGAGCAUAUGCACAUUGACAAUUUUAGAAAAAAUGAGAGCGUAAACAGAAAUUAUUUCGACUACGACUCGAAGGAGGAGAGAGCUAAACGAGAACUGAGGGGUAGUAAUUUUAUAAGGCAAGGCAAAGUAGAUACCUACAGAGAAUUGUUUACCAGAACAACAUUGAUGACUGAAAUGGUUUGGCAAAUUUGCAACAACAUGGAUUUCGAAAAAGGCUUUGAAAAACCCUUAAUUGAAAGGGUCCCUUUUUUUGAGUAUGCCACAUUUGGAAAGAAAAAACUUUUAAAAGAAAACGAAAAUGACCCCAAAAGAUUAGAAACUGUUAAACACAUGCUUACAUUGGAAUGGGAAAGAUCUGAGUAUCCAGAAACGAGGGUGUAUAAGAGUCACUUGCCACUUUCCCUGCUUCCCCCAGAGUUAGCCAAAGAAGCCAGACUAAUAUAUGUAGUAAGAAACCCUAAGGACAUGGCUGCGUCUGCGUAUCAUUUCGGUCAAAUGUACUUUGAUCAGCCACCAUUCGAACAAUAUUGGGAUACUUUUGAAAGAGGCUUAAUUUGGGGUACAUUUUUCGAGCAGGCCAAGGAAGCAUGGGACAUUAGACACCAAGAGAACGUGUUGUUUAUGUUUUAUGAAGAUAUUGUUAAGGACAUGAGAUCCACAAUCCUAAAGGUCUGCAAGUUCCUGGGUAAAACUUAUACAGACUCUGAAAUCGACAAAUUGACGGAGCAUAUGCACAUCGACAAUUUUAGAAAAAAUGCCAGCGUAAACAAAAAUUAUUUCGACUACGACUCGAAGGAGGAGAGAGCUAAACGAACACUGAGGGGUAAUAAUUUUAUAAGGCAAGGCAAAGUAGAUACCUACAAAGAAUUAUUUACUACUGGAAAACCAGGGGAAUUUUAUCAAAUAGGGCCUAAAAAUUACAUAUGUUUGCCAAACUAUGAAAAAUAUAAAGAUGAAAUCUACAAUUUUCCCAUAAGAAAAAACGACGUUUGGAUAAACACACUGGGACGAUCUGGAACAACAUUGAUGACUGAAAUGGUUUGGCAAAUUUGCAACGACAUGGAUUUCGAAAAAGGCUUCGAAAAACCCUUAAUUGAAAGGGUCCCUUAUUUUGAGUAUGCCACAUUUCGUUUCAACGAAGAAAAAAAGGAAAAACUUUUAAAAGAAAACGCAAAUGACCCUAAAAGAUUAGAAACUAUUAAAUCAUUUCUUACACUGGAAUGGGAAAAAACUGAAUAUCCAGAAACAAGGGUGUAUAAAAGCCAUUUGGCACUUUCCCUGCUUCCCCCAGAGUUAGCCAAAGAAGCCAGAGUAAUAUAUGUAGUAAGAAACCCUAAGGACACGGCAGUGUCCGCGUAUCAUUUCGGUCAAAUGUUUGUUGAUCAGCCACCAUUCGAACAGUAUUGGGAUAUUUUUGAAAGAGGCUUGAUAUGGGGUACAUUCUUCGAGCACGCCAAGGAAGCAUGGGACAUUAGACACCAAGAGAACGUGUUGUUUGUGUUUUAUGAAGAUAUUGUUAAGGACAUGAGAUCCACAAUCCUAAAGGUCUGCAAGUUCCUGGGAAAAACUUACACAGACUCUGAAAUCGAUAAAUUGGCGGAGCAUAUGCACAUUGACAAUUUCAAAAAAAAUACCAGCGUAAACGGAAUUUAUUUUGAUUACGACUUGAAGGAGGAGAGAGCUAAAAGAGAAACGAGGAGCAGUAAUUUUAUAAGGCAAGGCAAAGUAGAUGCCUACAAAGAAUUAUUUACCAGUGGGGUGGAAGAAAGAGCUGAUAAAUGGAUAAGCAUAGAAAUAACACUCUUAAUAAACAAUAAAAUAAAAUAA